ACAUUACGCGUGUCGCCUGCGCAAAUAAAAUUGAAAGACACCAUUAACGCAAUCAAAUAUUUUGUUUUGUUGUUUUUCUGACAUAUUCACAACAUUUUUCUGUAUAAGAUCAAUUUAUGGACUUAAACAAAAAUGGGUAAAACCAGUAAGGACAAACGAGAUAUCUACUACCGGUUGGCCAAAGAGGAAGGAUGGCGUGCUCGCAGCGCUUUCAAGCUUAUUCAAAUUGAUGAAGUGUAUAAUAUUUUCAAUGGUGUGACAAGAGCUGUAGAUCUUUGUGCUGCUCCUGGAAGCUGGAGCCAGGUAUUAUCAAAAAAGUUAUACGAAAAUCGUGAUAAAGAAUCUAACGAUGUCAAAAUCAUUGCUGUGGAUUUGCAAUCAAUGGCUCCUCUUCCGGGAGUUACUCAGUUACAAGGAGACAUAACCAAACUGAGCACAGCACAAGCAAUUAUUGAUCAUUUUGGAAAUGGUCAAAAAGCUCAUCUUGUAAUUUGUGAUGGUGCACCGGAUGUAACCGGUUUACAUGAUAUUGACGAAUACAUCCAGUCUCAGCUGCUACUUGCAGCUCUUAAUAUCACGACUCACGUUCUUACUGUCGGUGGGACAUUUAUAGCAAAGAUUUUCCGUGGAAAAGACACCACUUUACUAUAUUCUCAAUUGAGGAUCUUUUUCGAGAAGGUGUCGAUUGCGAAACCUGCUAGUUCCAGAAAUUCCAGUAUUGAAGCAUUUGUAGUAUGUCAAAACUACAAACCUCCAGAAGGAUAUAUUCCACAGAUGAUAAAUCCUAUGCUCGACGAUGUUCAAAAGAUUGCCGGAGAAACAGAGUCUGAAGUAAACCGUAAUAUUAUUCCGUUUAUGGUGUGCGGAGAUUUACGGGGAUAUGAUUCGGAUAUGUCAUAUUGUUUAAAUUUGGAUCCGGAGAAGGACUAUGAGUACCGGGAUGUAGUGCAGAAACCGUUGGCUCCCGCGUACAGUGAAGUACUCGAGCGGAUGAAAACAACUUCUUUGAAGCACGAUAGCAUCAAAGUUGAGUCUGACAAAAAGAAGGAUUAGAAUGAGCACUGUCCAAUUGCAUAAAAUGAAAUAUUCAAAAUACUUUAGUGUUUUAAUCAGUAUAUAAGUGAAAAUUCUUCUGGCAAAUAAAUGAUCAUGAAAGGAAACAGCACAAAGACAAAUAUACAAUAACAUAAA